GUGGGAGGCGCGGGAGAGCCCGGUGGGUGCUCCGGUGGGGACGCAGGCUGUGUUCUCGGCUAUGGCUCACAAGCCCAAGAGGACUUUCCGGCAGCGCCGAGUUGACGACAGCGACAGCGACGGCGCUGAGGAGCCGGGUGUUGAGCCCGGGACACUGAAGGAGCAGGCGGCCGCAAGCCCUGCCGAGGAAAGCCAGCCUUCUGAGAGAGGUCGUGCGGAGGAGGCGGAAGGGCCUUCCAGGGCCCGGGGCCCUCGCGGCCGGGGCCGGGGCCGAGUGUGGGCGACUUCGCGGCGCGCCGCGGGAGCAGCUCUCCGCGCCUUUGGCGGCUCGGGCGUCCCAGGAUCCAGAGUGGUUGAUCUUUCAUCAGAUGAAGAGGAUGGGAGCCAUCACUCCUCAGAAAGGAAAGAUAAUCAUAGUCCAUCUUCUGACAGCUCCAGUGGUCUGGCAGAAAAGCUUGAUUGGUCAGCAGGGGAAGAGGAUGGAACCUAUCACUCCUCAGAAAGCAAGAAUGAUCAGAGUCCAUCUUCUGACAGCUCUACCUCUCUGGAAAAACGAUUUUCUCCAGCAGUGAAGAUCCCUGAUGCAGCUUUCAUUCAGGCAGCCCGCAGAAGACGGGAGUUGGCCAGGGCCCAAGAUGAUUAUAUUUCUUUGGAUGUAAAGCAAAGCUCCACCAUCUCUGGUCUGAAGGGGGCCAGUGAUGAGGAUUCUGAGAGUGAACCUGAUGAUGCUGAAACAAAAAUACCAUUUACCCCAAAGCCUCAAACACUUAGACAGAGAAUGGCUGAAGAGACAACAAGCAGAAUUGAAAACACAAGUGAAGAAAUCCAUGAAGGUGAAAAUCAAGAUAUUUGGGAACAGCAACAAAUGAGGAAAGCAAUUAAAACCAUACAGAGAAGAGAAAUAGACCUUUCCCACAGCGGGGCAUCUCAAACUAAGAAGUUUGACACUUCUAUUUCAUUUCCACCAGUAAAUUUAGAAAUUAUAAAGAAGCAGCUAAAUACGAGGUUGACAUUACUACAAGAUACUCAUCGCUCACACCUAAGGGAAUAUGAAAAAUACCUGCAAGAUGUCAAGAGCUCUAAGAAUACAAUCCAGAACCUAGAGAAUUCAUCAAAUCAAAAUCAAAAGUAUAAAUUCUAUAAAAACAUGAAAAUUUUUGUGGAAAAUUUAAUUGACUGUCUUAAUGAAAAGAUUAUCAACAUACAAGAAAUAGAAUCAUCCAUGCAUGCACUUCUGUUAAAACAAGCCUUGACCAUUAUGAAACGCAGGCAAGAUGAAUUAAAACAUGAAUCAACGCAUUUACAGCAGUUAUCACGCAAAGCUGAAACAUCAGCAGAUGAAAACUUGGCUAUUGAUGAAAAACUUCAGCGGAUUUUGGAAGAGAUUGAAUCUCGAAGGGAAAAACGAAGACAAACCAGGGCACUUUCUGGAAAGUGUGACCAUCAGGAAGGGACAUCCAGUGAUGAUGAACUGACCUCUGCAGAGAUGACUGACUUCCAAAACAGCCAAGGUGACAUUUUAAAGGAUCAUAAGAGAGUUUUUGAAGAUGUACAUGAAGAUUUUGGUAACAUCCAGAGUAUUUUAUUGAAGUUUCAGCAAUGGCGAGAGAAGUUUCCUGAUUCCUAUUAUGAAGCAUUUAUUAGUUUAUACAUACCAAAGCUUUUAAAUCCCCUAAUAAGGGCUCAGUUAAUCGACUGGAAUCCUCUUAAGUUGGAUUCCAUAGGUUUAAAACAGAUGCCAUGGUUCACAUCUAUACAAAAAUUUGUGGAUAGCCAUGUGGAAAAUUCAAGUAAGGAUGACAGUUCUGAUAAAAAAAUUUUGUCUGCUAUCAUCAACAAAACAGUUAUUCCACGGCUGAAAGACUUUGUCCAAUUUAUUUGGGAUCCCUUGUCAACCUCACAGACAACGAGUUUAAUAACACAUUGCAGAGUGAUUUUUGAAGAACUUUCCACUUGCGAAAAUGAAGUUAAUACAAGCAAACAGGAUUUACUUGAAUCCAUUGUUUUAAGAAUAAAGAAGGCAAUAGAAGAUGAUGUUUUUAUCCCUCUGUAUCCAAAGAGUGCUAUUGAAAACAAGACUUCACCACAUUCAAAGUUUCAAGAAAGACAGUUCUGGUCAGGUCUAAAGCUCUUCCGCAAUAUUCUUCUUUGGAAUGGACUCCUCCAGGAUGACAUCCUGCAAGAGCUAGGACUGGGGAAGCUGCUGAAUCGCUACCUGGUUAUAGCUCUUCUUAAUGCUGUUCCUGGGCCAGAAGUUGUUACAAAAUGCAACCAGAUAGUAGCUUCUCUGCCAGAAAAGUGGUUUGAAAAUUCUGCCAUGAGGACAUCUAUUCCCCAGCUAGAAAAUUUCACUCAAGUUUUAUUGCAGUCUGCACAUAAGUUGUCUACAACCGAAUUCAGAGAUGAAGUCAAAGAAAUCAUUCAUAUUCUGGUGAAAAUAAAAGCUUUGAAUCAAGCAGAAUCUCUCAUAGAAGAGUAUCAUCUAGACAGUAUUAAAUCACUAAUUGAAGACAUUUGAAUAAAUCUUAUAAGAAAGUUCUAAAAUGAUAUUUUAAUACAGUCACACUCAGUUCCUUUGCUUGGGGAAAAAACAAAACCUAGUGCCUCUUAAUUCCCUGCAGUGGAGGGUGGGCUCUGCAAGAAGGCAGUAAGUACCCCACGCCUCUGCUCCCUGGGCUCUGCCUGCUGCUGCCAUGAAAGGCUGCCCUUCCUCACUCAUUCGGUGGUGUUUGAAUGAAUUAAAUGCACAGGAGCAUAAAAGUUCAACAUUUUUUUAAAAUUCUUUUGACUUCUUUGCCAAUUUAAGAAAUGUAGAAACCUUGCUUGAAGCUGUUUUGGCAAAAUGAGCAUGUUGUCUGUCCUGAACACAAAUAUCUUUAAAUACUUAAACCAUCUAUUUUAACUACUUUUUUUAAUAAUUAAGUUAAUAUGAGACUUUUUAUUAUUAUUUUUUUUUUGACAGGUAGAGUUAGUGAGAGAGAGAGACAGAGAGAAAGGUCUUCCUUUUUCCGUUGGUUUACCCCCAAAGUGGCCGCUACGGCCAGCACGCUGUGGCCAGCACGUUGCGCCGAUCCAAAGCCAGGAGCCAGGUGCUUCCUCUUGGUCUUCCAUGCAGGUGCAGGGCCCAAGGACCUGGGCCAUCCUCCACUGCACUCCCGGGCCACAGCAGAGAGCUGGACUGGAAGAGGAGCAACCGGGACAGAAUCCAGUGCCCCAACCGGGACUAGAACCUGGGGUGCCAGCACCGCAGGCAGAGGAUUAGCCUAGUGAGCCAUGCGACCAUUAUGAAACUCUUAAUUAGAAUAAAUUAUUAAAUAUUAAAUGGUUAAGGCAUUGGGAGGCAGUUGGUAACUAAUGAUUGUCAAAUUGUCUUUUAGAAAUUAUACCAAUUUGUUGUACCAAACCAGAUGUGAAGGGUACCAAUGAAUUCUACCAGUAAUACAUGUUACCAUUUUGGUAAUUCUUAACAAAUUUGAGCCUUAAGAAGAAUCUUAUUUUAAUUGCAUAGAGAGUAACAAUGUGUUGGUUUUGGCCAUUUGUAAUUCUUUUUGAAAUAACCAUUCCUUUUCUUAUGAAUAUGUAAGACUUUUGUAUUUUAAAAAUACUGAUCUUUGCCCUUCUUAUGUUGGAAAUAGUUUUUGUCAUAUGCCAUUUCUCUUGAUGUACUAAGUCAUUACUUCAUAGCAAGUCACUUUUGUUGCUGUCGUUGUUAUGAGUGAUAGGAUUAAAAAGAAAACAGGCUGGCACUGUGGUGUAGUAGGCUAAGACUGCCUGUGGCACUGACAUCCCAUGUGGGCACCAGUUCUUGUCCUAACUGCCCCUCUGCUAAUGGCCCAAGUGGAAGCAGUGGAAGAUGGCCCAAGUGCUUGAGCCCCUGCACCCACGUGGGAAACCUGGAAGAAGCUCCUGGCUUCUAAUCAGACCAGCCCUGGCCAUUGGGGCCAUCUGGGGAGUGAACCAGAGGGAUGGAAGUCAUCUCUGUCUGUCUCUCCCUCCCUCUCUCUAACUCUGCCUCUCAAGUAAAUAAAUAAAUCUUAAAAAAAAAAAAAAAAGGAAA